GAGCCGUCAACCAUAACGAGUGAGUGUCAUCAUUCUUUCUUUGGCUUGACCCUUCAGACUCUCCUUUUCUUUCACUUUCUCUCACUAGUUCAACCAACUCCACCUGCUCUCAUUCUCCUCACUGUCUUUCACACUUUGCCAUACUCUCACUGUUCACUCACCCUAAUCUUCAAUCCUAUUUCUCAACUUUCUUCCCAGAUCUGACCUUUUUCUACCCCAUUCUACACCCACCAUUCUUCCUUCCUUCAUUCCCAUCUGUGUUUCAGUCACAGGUGGGUUAUGGAGAAUUCAUAUGGGCAUCGAUUUCGUAGAGUAACUCGGCAUUCAUGGGCUGCCAAUAUGAAAUUAGAACCACUUCUUGACAAGGAUGUGGAACAGUGGCCCCAUCUGAAUGAACUUUUCCAAUGCUACAGAGCUGAUUGGGUUAAAGAUGAAAACAAGUAUGGGCAUUAUGAGAGCAUUGGUGUUACUGCAUUUCAAAAUCAGAUAUAUGAAGGAGCUGACACUGAUAUUGAAACAGAGAUGCAUCUUUCCGAGGCCAGACAAACUGAAAACGAAGAUGUUACUGAUGAAGAAUUACCAAGCACAUCCGGGAGGCCAUUUGGAGAGCAUCUUGGGUUGUCGCCGUUGCCUGCUUAUGAACCUGCAUUUGACUGGGAGAGUGAGAGGUCUAUGGUAUUUGGUCAAAGAGUUCCAGAAACUCAAGUGCAGUAUGGAAGUGGCUUGAAAAUAUCAGUGAAAGUUCUUUCUCUUAUGUUUCAAGCUGGACUAGCUGAACCAUUUUAUGGUACAAUUUGCUUGUAUAACAAAGUGAAAAGAGAGAAAUUAUCGGAGGACUUUGUUUUCCAGGUGCUUCCUACAGCAAUGGAAAAUACUGGUACUUCAAAUGAAUCAAGAGCUAUAUUCUACUUAGAUGCUCCCUCAGCGUCAGUUUGUUUGUUGAUCCAGUUGGAGAAGCCUGCCACUGAAGAAGGAGGCAUCACUUCCUCUAUCUACUCGCGAAAAGAACCAAGCCAGCUGAGUGACAGAGAGAGGCAGAAAUUGCAGGUCUGGUCUCGAAUUAUGCCUUACAGAGAGUCAUUUGCUUGGGCAAUGGUACCAUUAUUUGAUAACAGCAUUGCCGGAACCUCUGGUGGUACUGGUUCUCCAAGUAGCCCUUUGGCACCAAGUGUCUCUGGUUCUAGUUUCCAUGAGGGUGCAUCAGAGUCUACUGCCAAGAUCACUUUAGAUGGGAAACUGGGUUAUAUGAGCGGGAGCUCAAUCGUCGUCGAAAUAUCAAAUUUGAACAAAGUUAAAGAAAGUUACACAGAGGAUUCUCUUCUGGACCCUAAAAGAAAGAUCCAUAAGCCUGUUAGAGGCAUGCUGAAAUUAGAGAUUGAGAAACUCCAUGCCGGGAAUCUUGACUUCGAAAAUGUUUCAGAAAGUGGCAGUAUGACCAAUGAAUCAUUUGAUACGGGGGGUAAUAUCCUUGAUUCUUCACAGAUUCCAAAUAAUUUGGAUAAGUCUCAGAAUACCAAAUCAAAACAAUAUUCUACUGAUGGAAACGAAUCUGUCCGAAAUGGGUUAAAAGCUCAUGAGCAUCAAGAUUCCCAAAUUGAUGAAUUUCAUGCAUUUGACUUCCGUGCUAUCGCGAGGAAUGAGCCUUUUUUGCAGCUUUUCCAUUGUCUAUAUGUGUAUCCAUUGACUGUUAGCUUGAGUCGGAAAAGGAAUUUAUUCAUACGGAUAGAGCUCCGUAAGGAUGACACGGAUAUUCGCCGACAACCUCUGGAGGCAACAUACCCUAGGGAGGCUGGUGCAUCACUAGAGAAGUGGGCUCACACACAAGUUGCUGUUGGUGCAAGGGUGGGUUGCUAUCAUGACGAAAUUAAGGUCUCUUUACCUCCUAUGUGGACGCCACUGCAUCAUCUAUUGUUUACUUUCUUUCAUGUUGACCUUCAAACUAAAUUGGAAGCUCCAAAACCGGUGGUGAUUGGCUAUGCAGCACUUCCCUUGUCUACAUACGCUCAGUCAAGAACUGAAAUUUCACUGCCCAUUAUGAGAGAGCUAGUUCCGCAUUAUCUUCAAGAUGCUGGGAAGGAGAGGCUCGACUAUUUAGAGGAUGGGAAGAAUGUCUUCAAAUUGCGACUGAGAUUGUGUUCUUCUCUUUACCCUACUAACGAACGUAUUAGGGAUUUCUUUCUUGAGUAUGAUAGGCACAUCCUUCGAACGAGCCCUCCAUGGGGAUCUGAGCUUCUUGAGGCCAUUAACAGUUUGAAAAAUGUUGAUUCCACUGCUUUGCUUCAGUUUCUUCACCCAAUAUUGAAUAUGCUUCUCCAUCUAAUCGGGAAUGGUGGUGAAACCCUUCAGGUUGCUGCUUUUAGAGCUAUGGUUAAUAUCUUGACUCGGGUUCAGCAAGAAUCAAUGGAUGAUGCUGAAAGAAAUCGAUUUCUCAUUAGCUAUGUUGAUUAUGCAUUUGAUGACUUUGGUGGUCGUCAAUUACCAGUUUAUUCUGGUCUUUCUACCGUGUGGGGAAGCUUAGCACGUAGUAAGGCAAAAGGUUAUCGUGUGGGACCAGUAUACGAUGAUGUUUUAGCAAUGUCUUGGUUUUUCCUUGAGCUAAUUGUGAAGUCAAUGGCUUUGGAACAAAUACGCCUUUUCUAUCAUAGCCUUCCAUCAGGUGAGGAUGUUCCACCUAUGCAAUUGAAAGAAGGAGUUUUCAGGUGCAUUAUACAGCUCUACGAUUGUCUUAUCUCUGAAGUGCAUGAGCGUUGUAAAAAAGGCUUGAGCUUAGCCAAGCGUUUGAAUAGUAGCUUGGCCUUUUUCUGUUAUGACCUACUGUCUAUUAUUGAACCUCGCCAAGUUUUUGAACUGGCCUCCUUGUAUCUGGAUAAAUUUUCUGGGCUAUGCCAAUCUGUUCUUCAUGACUGUAAGCUUACCUAUCUACAGAUCAUAUGUGAUCAUGAUCUUUUUGUGGAAAUGCCUGGACGAGACCCUUCGGACAGGAAUUAUCUUGCAUCAGUGCUGAUACAGGAACUUUUUCUUACAUUAGAUCAUGAUGAUAUGUCACUAAAAGCGAAGGGAGCAAGAAUCUUGGUGGUUCUCAUGUGCAAACAUGAAUUUGAUGCCCGCUACCAAAAGCCUGAAGAUAAACUAUAUAUUGCACAACUCUAUUUUCCACUGAUCAGUCAGAUACUUGACGAAAUGCCUGUCUUUUACAACCUUGGUGCUGCUGAGAAGCGUGAGAUAUUGAUUGUUGUUCUGCAAAUCGUACGCAAUUUAGAUGAUGCAUCGCUUGUCAAGGCCUGGCAGCAAAGCAUUGCAAGAACCAGAUUAUUUUUCAAAAUUCUUGAGGAAUGCUUAAUCCUUUUUGAGCAUAAAAAACCAGCAGACAGUAUGAUUAUUGGCAAUAGUUCUCAAACUAUUGUGGCGGAUGGAGCGGCAUCUCCAAAGUACUCGGAUAGGUUAUCUCCUGCUAUCAACAAUUAUCUCUCCGAGGCAUCUCGACAAGAGCCCCAUAGAACACCAGAUAACUAUUUGUGGCAGAGAGUGAACUCUCAGUUAAGCUCUCCUAGCCAACCAUAUUCCUUGAGAGAAGCUUUAGCUCAAGCUCAAUCCUCCAGGAUAGGAACCUCUGCACAAGCACUAAGAGAAUCAUUGCAUCCGAUAUUGAGACAGAAGCUGGAACUGUGGGAGGAGAAUUUGUGUGCUGCUGUCAGUCUUCAGGUUCUAGAAGUUAUUGAAAAAUUUUCUACAACUGCUGCUUCACAUGGAAUAGCAACAGAUUAUGGAAAACUUGAUUGUAUUACUUCCAUAUUCACAAGCUUUUUCUCAAGGAAUCAGCCACUUACGUUCUGGAAAGCUCUUUUGCUGGUGUUUAACAAUAUAUUCAGCUCUCAUGGAUCAACACUAAUGUCACGUGAAAAUGAUCGCUUUCUCAAACAAAUUGCUUUCCAUCUCCUUCGUCUUGCUGUAUAUAGAAAUGAAAACAUCCGGAGAAGGGCGGUAAUUGGUCUUCAGAUUCUCGUAAGGAGCUCUUUCUGUAACUUCAUGCAGACGACAAGGCUUAGAGUCAUGCUGACUAUUACAUUGUCAGAGUUGAUGUCUGAUGUCCAGGCUACUCUUAUGAAGCCUGAUGGAAGUUUUGAGGAGAGUGGUGAACAGAAGCGGCUUCGUAAAUCUUUGGAGGAAAUGGCUGAUGAAGUGAACAGCCCCAGUUUGCUGAGGGAGUGUGGUCUUCCCGAGAAUGCUCUGGUUGCGAUUCCUGAAAAUUCUACGGAGAAUAGGUGGUCCUGGUCAGAAGUCAAGUCUCUCUCUGACAGUUUGACUCUGGCUCUCGAUGCGAGCCUGGAACAUGCUCUCCUUGGUCCUGUCAUGAACAUUGAUAGAUAUGCUGCAGCAGAAAGUUUUUACAAACUUGCAGUUGCAUUUGCUCCAGUUCCUGAUCUUCACAUAAUGUGGCUAUUGCAUCUAUGUGAUGCACAUCAAGAAAUGCAGUCCUGGGCUGAAGCAGCACAAUGUGCUGUUGCCGUUGCUGGUGUUGUUAUGCAGGCUCUAGUUAGUAGAAAUGAUGGUGUGUGGAGCAAAGAGCACGUUGCUGCUUUACGUAAAAUAUGCCCCAUGGUCAACAGUGAAAUCACGGCUGAGGCAUCUGCUGCCGAGGUGGAAGGCUAUGGUGCUUCAAAGCUAACUGUCGAUUCAGCUGUAAAAUACCUUCAGCUUGCAAACAAACUGUUUUCUCAAGCUGAGCUUUAUCACUUCUGUGCAAGCAUUCUAGAAUUGGUGAUUCCGGUGUACAAAAGCAGAAGAGCGUAUGGACAACUAGCCAAAUGUCACACAAUGCUAACUAGUAUAUAUGAAUCCAUCCUUGAACAAGAAGCAAGUCCAAUUCCUUUUGCUGAUGCUACGUAUUAUAGGGUAGGCUUUUACGGCGAGAAGUUUGGAAAACUGGAUAAAAAAGAAUAUGUAUACAGAGAGCCUCGUGAUGUACGGCUGGGUGACAUCAUGGAAAAGCUUAGUCAUAUAUAUGAAUCCAGGAUGGACGGUAAUCACCGGCUGCAUAUUAUUCAAGAUUCGAGACAAGUGAAGGCAGAUGAGCUCCAGCCGGGUGUCUGUUAUUUGCAGAUCACUGCUGUUGAUCCCGUUAUGGAAGAUGAGGAUCUCGGAAGUAGGAGGGAUAGGAUAUUUUCCCUUUCCACUGGAAGCGUCCGAGCUCGUGUUUUUGAUCGAUUUCUGUUCGACACUCCUUUUACUAAAAAUGGGAAGACUCAAGGUGGAUUAGAGGAUCAAUGGAAACGACGAAGUGUUCUUCAAACAGAAGGCUCGUUUCCAGCUCUCGUUAACAGGCUUCUGGUGACAAAAUCUGAAUCUAUGGAAUUCUCACCUGUAGAAAAUGCUAUUGGGAUGAUUGAAACUCGGACUGCUGCUCUCCGAAAUGAGCUUGAAGAACCUCGAAGCUCUGAAGGGGACCAAUUGCCACGUCUACAAAGCCUUCAAAGAAUACUGCAAGGCAGUGUCGCAGUUCAAGUGAAUAGUGGAGUGUUGAGCGUUUGUACAGCAUUUCUCUCCGGUGAGCCUGCAACAAGACUUCGUUCCCAAGAACUCCAACAACUCAUUGCUGCACUACUCGAAUUCAUGGCUGUUUGUAAGAGGGCAAUUCGAGUACACUUCAGGCUAAUCGGAGAAGAAGACCAAGAGUUUCAUACGCAGCUUGUAAAUGGAUUUCAAUCACUUACAGCCGAGUUAUCUCACUACAUUCCUGCCAUUCUUUCUGAGCUCUAACUAACUGCAUCUCGUUCGUUGUUUGAUGUGUUUAUAUCUCCUUUUUGGUUCAUUUCAUCUGUUGAUGUUCAUCACUAACAUAUUUUGUGUGAAAUCUUGUUCUGAUAGUUCUAGUACAGUACUUAUCAUCCUUAAUUUUAUUGAUAAUUGUCUUGAACAAAGUAGAAUCAGUCUUUAGUUUAUAACUAGUGGGGUAAUGUUUUAAGUUUAGGUUAUUUCCAUGAAAAAACAUGGGAGUUAUUGGCAAAAAUUUAUUCUAUUACUAAUAGCAUGUAAUUGUUGAGUUGAUUUUAAAUGGUUUGUUGUUAGUAUCAACGUGUAAUUUCUUACCACAAUUCGGACAAUAAGACACUUAUUUUGGAAGAUGAUUUAUUCAAUGCUUAGUUUUAAAAUUUUUUAUUAAAUAACCUUUAUUUUUUUCAAAUUUUCGGACAAACGUAAUUAUCAUUUUUGGACAUGCAUAUUAUAUGCAUCAUAUUAGGUGAAAAAGUUCGGGGGUGACGUCCUCCCCCGUCAUAACUAUCU